AACGGUCAUACUCAGCUAGCUGUCCGACGAGUUUUGUUAUUGGCGGAGAAAAGAUUACGCUGGUUUAUAAAUUCUCAGUUAAGCCGAUUUCUCAGCUCCUCUCCCCCUGCAGAGAUCUAACACAUCUAUAUAGAUAUAUAUAUUUUAUAUAUUCCUUGAUCGAUUUGCGAUCCCGAAAGUCGAUCAGCCGUGCGUCUAUAUAUUUUUUUUUCUGUUCUUGCCCCUCGUGCAACAUCAGUGAACAUCAGCGGCCCACCGUACAAAAUCUCAAUAAGAAAAAAAGAGAGCAUAAAGUGAAAUUGCCUUUUGCGGCAAGUAAGAAAACGACCAAAAAAGAGAAAAGAAUAUAACGACUAUUUGAAUUAAACAAAGUUUAUUGUUUACAAUAGCAUACAAUACAAGUUUAUAAGCUAACGGGCGUCGCUGUGCGUGUGUGUGUGCUUGUGUGUGCGUGCGUGUAGUUGUUGCGCCAAAAAUUCCAAUCGGAAUUCUGGAACAGCUGGCCACAACAACAAAACGCGGCCAAUAGAAGAACAAUUUAGCUGCUGAAAAAUGGGCGACUUCGAUCUGAAUGUGGACAGCUUGAUACAGCGGCUGCUGGAGAUGCGCAGCUGCCGAACGGGCAAACAGGUCCAGAUGACGGAGGCGGAGGUGCGUGGCCUCUGUCUCAAGUCGCGCGAGAUCUUCUUGCAACAGCCCAUCCUGCUGGAACUGGAGGCACCGCUGAUCAUCUGCGGCGACAUCCACGGCCAGUACACAGACCUGUUGCGCCUGUUCGAGUACGGCGGAUUCCCUCCGGCUGCCAACUACUUGUUCCUCGGCGACUACGUCGAUCGGGGCAAGCAGUCCCUGGAGACCAUCUGUCUGCUGCUGGCCUACAAGAUCAAAUAUCCGGAGAACUUCUUCUUGUUGCGCGGCAACCACGAGUGCGCCAGUAUUAAUAGGAUUUACGGCUUCUACGAUGAGUGCAAGCGCCGAUACAAUGUCAAACUGUGGAAGACUUUCACAGAUUGCUUCAACUGUCUGCCGGUAGCCGCCAUUAUUGACGAAAAGAUCUUCUGCUGCCACGGCGGCCUCAGUCCCGAUCUUCAGGGCAUGGAGCAGAUCCGUCGCCUAAUGCGACCCACAGAUGUGCCGGAUACCGGGUUACUGUGCGAUCUUCUGUGGAGUGAUCCCGACAAGGAUGUUCAGGGUUGGGGCGAGAAUGAUCGCGGUGUGAGCUUCACCUUCGGUGUGGAUGUGGUCUCCAAGUUUUUGAACCGCCACGAGCUGGACUUGAUCUGCCGUGCACAUCAGGUUGUGGAGGAUGGCUAUGAGUUCUUUGCGCGUCGGCAACUGGUCACGUUGUUCUCGGCGCCCAAUUACUGUGGAGAGUUCGACAAUGCCGGCGGAAUGAUGACCGUGGACGACACGCUGAUGUGCUCAUUCCAGAUCCUGAAACCAUCCGAGAAGAAGGCCAAGUAUCUGUACAGCGGAAUGAACUCGUCGCGACCCACAACACCGCAGCGCAGCGCCCCAAUGCUUGCGACCAACAAGAAGAAAUAAUAUAUCCAUCCGCUUCCAUUUCCUUAAAGGUUCAACAAACAACAGAAAUAAACUUUUACAUAGAUACACACAUAUAUACAUAUAAAUAUAACGAAACGAUAGAAAAGGAGAGCGUUAGGCGAUAGUAGAGAAAGGGCAAAUGAUAAAUUAAAUGUGUGAGCUAUUAAAGCAAGCAAAAUCGAAGUGCAUGAAUAUCAACAUCUAUGUGAAUCCGUCAUUAUCUGUUAUCUGAUGUGUCAUCUGUAUCCAACUUGAUUACCUUAUCCGUGUACCUGCUAGUUGCAGCAGCAACAUCAGGAGCAACAACACCAGCAGCAGCAGCAGCAGAAACAUCAGUGAAACACUCAGAGGCCCAUAGUUAAGUCGAUUCCUGCAUUUGAUGAUUAUCUGUUGAAUGGAAAUUGUGACAACGUCCCCGUAACAGCAGCUCCCAGAUCCAAAACUCCCGAAACAUGCAGAUAAAUAAAUACAUUAAAAGUACAGCGAUGUUAAGCAAUGAAUUUAUAUAUAGGCUUAUUAAUGUAAACUAUAUACUAUAUACUUAUAUAUUCAUAACUACAAAAGAGAAACGAAAACAAACCUAAACAAAAAAAAAAAAAAAAAAAAAAAAGGGAAGCAAAGUAUCUGGCCAUUGUGCGACUCCUUUGGGGCUCGCACAGUGGAGCAAACCACAUGGACUAGCUAUCACUUUACUUUUCCUUUUGGCCGUGCGCCGAGCUUACAAAAUUCGCUGCAAAUUGUUCGAUUUUUGGUUCUCUUCCUAUCGACUAAGUGCGCAUUACAAAUUUGUCUAACAAAAUAUUAAGAAAAAUCAAAAAAUAAGAAAGAAAAUUAUAAUAAUUAUAAUAAUGAACGCAAACGAAAUGUAACGAAAACCUAUAUUGUAAGCUUAAAACAGUUCAACUCUGUGUGUGUAUUUUAUUUAUUAUGUAUCUAUAAAUAUAAAUAUAUGUUCUUUUUGUCAUUGUUUAAUUAAUUUAUUGCUUACAUUGUAUUUAUAAAACGCAAAACAAUUAAUCCCUAACAACUAUUUUUUGUCAUUAUACUCGGUUUAAGUGUCAAAAUACUGUUAACGUGUUAAUGGGCAUUUAACGAUUGGGGCUUGUUUUUCAUUGCCUAAACUUUAACUAGAAAAACUCCAACCUAACUUAAUUUGCCUCACACACAAAAAUGAAAAUGAUAAAUAAAUAAAAGAGUAUAAAAUUAACGAAUUUUGAAAGCAUUACUUCGAGUUCUUGAAACACCAAUUUUUGUGCAUAUUUAGUUUAUAAAUAAGAAACGGAAUUCGUUAGGAAUCGAUAGAAUCGGCGAACAAGUGAAUGAGAAUAUAUAUGAAAAUAUAUAAGUAUAUACAGAAGGAACGAAAGAAAAACUAAUUUUUUAAUCGUCGUAACUUAUUAGAUUAUAGUGCCUUUUUUGCCUCCCCAAAUGAAAAUUCACAAACGAUAACGAGCAUGUAAACUAACAAAUGGUUUAUAUAUACAGAUCAUUUACACAUAUACAUAUACAGCUAACGAAUGCUAAUUAUGGAGUAAAGAGUACUGCGUUUAUUUUGUAACAAUUAAAGAAACCACAACUGAUCUAAUAGAGUAUUAUAAUUAAUCCCACUUCAUUUUAGAGAGAAUCUAAAUUCAUUUAAAAAUUGUUAUUCCUCCGACAAAUGUAAGCAUAGUUUGUAGUAGGUUUCAAUUGAUUUGAGCUAACUGGCAAAACACUUUCCAUACUUAAACGAAAUUAGAAGCUUUAAAAUGAUAGGGAUAUCAUUUGUUGAUGUUCCCCGUACUCAAAUAAAGUGAUUUCUUAUUGUUUCGUCAAGAGUACGUUGUGGUUUUAAAUCAAUACGCAUCGAAAAAGAAUGCUGGCGGCAAACAAGUCAAUUAAUUGCAUUACGAGUAAACCGAUAUAGAAAUGAUUGAAAAUGUGAGAAAAACUAAAACUGUGGAGAGAUCUAGCAUUUUAGCUUUGAGCUGUUGUUUUAACACUAACUAUUUGUUGUUAUUCCCGAUUAUUAGCAAUCACAAUUCCCAAUUAUCAGCAUCAGUUUCGUGUGUGUGAGGUAUACAUAUGUGUGUGUGUGUGUGUGUGUGUGUGUGAGCUGCAUUCGCAUACUAGUUUUCAUAUUAAUACACACACAUGCAAACAUACGAGAACUUAUAUAUAUGUAAAUAUAUAUAUAUAUGAACAAUGAAAUAAAUAAAGGUAACGAAAUAUACAAAGUACUACAGUGAGAAACCCAUGCGAAGAAGUGUAGAGAGAGAAAAAGCAAUACGAAAAAACAAAACGUAUAACAGAUACAUAUAUUUAUUAUUAAAAAUCAAAUAAAAAUUAAUUAAAACUU